CCUCCAAGCUCUGCCCUCCCCCGCCUUUCCUUCCCUACGGGGUCCCUUGGAGGACUCCGUCUCUAUGGUUCUUGGCCGUCUCUAUGGUUGUUGUGCUCCUCUCUGGGGUUGGUUUGUGCGCUUGGAGGUCCAGGUCGUCUCUAUGGUUCUUGUUCAUCUCUAUGGUUCUCCUUCGUCUCUAUGGUUCUCAUUCAUCUCUAUGGUUCUCGUUCAUCUCUAUGGUUCUUGGCCGUCUCUAUGGUUGCUGUGCUCCUCUCUGGGGUUGCUUUGUGCGCUUGGAGGUCCAGGUCGUCUCUAUGGUUCUUGUUCAUCUCUAUGGUUCUCGUUCAUCUCUAUGGUUCUCGUUCGUCUCUAUGGUUCUCAUUCAUCUCUAUGGUUCUCGUUCAUCUCUAUGGUUCUUGGCCGUCUCUAUGGUUGCCGUGCUCCUCUCUGGGGUUGGUUUGUGCGCUUGGAGGUCCAGGUCGUCUCUAUGGUUCUCGUUCAUCUCUAUGGUUCUAGUUCGUCUCUAUGGCUCUCACUCAUCUCUAUGGUUCUCAUUCAUCUCUAUGGUUCUCACUCAUCUCUAUGGUUCUCAUUCAUCUCUAUGGUUCUUGUUCAUCUCUAUGGUUCUCGUUCGUCUCUAUGGUUCUCAUUCAUCUCUAUGGUUCUCAUUUGUCUCUAUGGUUCUCGUUUGGCUCUAUGGUACUCAUUCGUCUCUAUGGUUCUCAUUCAUCUCUAUGGGUCUUGUUCCUCUCUAUGGUUCUUGUUCAUCUCUAUGGUUGUUUUUUGUGUUGGAGGUCCAGUUCGUCUCUAUGGUUCUCAUUCAUCUCUAUGGUUCUUGGCCGUCUCUAUGGUUGCCGUGCUCCUCUCUGGGGUUGCUUUGUGCGCUUGGAGGUCCAGGUCGUCUCUAUGGUUCUCAUUCGUCUCUUUGGUUCUUGUUCGUCUCUAUGGUUCUCAUUCAUCUCUGUGGUUCUCAUUCAUCUCUAUGGUUCUCAUUCAUCUCUAUGGUUCUAGUUCGUCUCUAUGGUUCUCAUUUGUCUCUAUGGUUCUCGUUCAUCUCUGUGGUUCUUGUUCAUCUCUAUCGUUCUCAUUUGUCUCUAUGGUUCUCGUUUUGUCUCUAUGGUACUCAUUCGUCUCUAUGGUUCUCGUUCAUCUCUAUGGUUGUUUUUUUUUUUUGUGUUGGAGGUCCAGUUCAUCUCUAUGGUUCUCCUUCAUCUCCAUGGUUCUUGUUCAUCUCUAUGGUUGUUUUUUGUGUUGGAGGUCCAGUUCGUCUCUAUGGUUCUCGUUCAUCUCUAUGGUUCUUGUUUGUCUCUAUGGUUCUCUUUCAUCUCUAUGGCUCUCGUUCGUCUCUAUGGUUGUUUUCUGUGUUGGAGAUCUAGUUCGUCUCUAUGAUUCUUGUUCAUCUCUACGGUUGUUUUGUAUGCUUGGAGGUCCAGUUUGUCUCAGUGGUUCUUGUUCAUCUCUAUGGUUCUCAUUCGUCUCUAUUCAUCUCUAUUCGCUCUCUCCUCAGUCCUCCAACCCCUCUCUAUGGUCAUCCCUUCCCUCUCUAUGGUUGUCGGUGGUCCUUAUGGUUCUCCAGUCCCUCUCUCUUGUCCUCCAAUCCCUCUCCACAGUCCUCCAGUCCCUCUCUAUGGUUGUUGGUGCUUUCUAUGGUCCUCCAGUUCCUCUCUCUGGUCCUCCAGUCCCUCUCUAUGGUUGUUGGUGCUUCCCUAUGGUCCUCCAGUCCCUCUGUAUGGUCCUCCAAUCCCUCUCUAUGGUCCUCCCACCCCUCCCCACAGUCCUCCAAUCCCCUCUCUGGUCCUCCAGUCCCUCUCUAUGGUCUUCCCUUCCCUCUCCAUGGUCCUCCUGUCCAUCUCUAUGGUUGUCUUUUCCCUCUCUAUGGUUGUUGGUGCUCCCUAUGGUCCUCCAAUCCCUCUGUCAAGUCCUCCAGUCCCUCUCCAUGGUCUUCCCUUCCCUCUCCAUGGUCCUCCCACCCCUCCCCACAGUCCUCCAACCCCCUCUCUAUGAUUCUCCCAUCCCUCUCUAUGGCAGUCGGCGCUCUCUCCCCAGUCCUCCAACCCCUCUCUAUGAUCCCCAACC